CUCAUCGAUCUCACAUUCUGAACCCUUUCAUGAUCAGUUCAAAUCAUUUCAUGUCUUACCUGAUCUACUCACAUCUACUUCCAACUCCACCAAGUUUGCUUCAAGCUUUCGAGUUGUUGAGCUCAAGCAAUUGUUACUCGACCCAACUACACCGACUCAUCACGAAGCAUCUUAUUCCUUCUCUCUAUCCCUGAGCUCAACGGGGAAUUAUUCUAUUAGCUACGCUUUUCUCCUCUGCACUCCAACAACACUCUCUUAAUUUUCCGUCGAUAACCCUGUCACACAAUUGCACAGGGAGUGCAUCUCUUUACUCAAGGGUCUCAGAAAGUUCUGCAUAACCCAUCAUGGAUCCUUCUGAAGAGAGUUAUUGGGCGAUUGCAGAAACAGAUAGAGAAACUUCUCCGGCAUCACACACUACCACAGCCUCUGAUCAGCAUUGCGAAGAUCUAUUCGUGGAACAAGAGGGAUACAUGGACAAAAACAUACUCGAUGCACCAGAUUCAGACAGCGAAUCAGACUCCCAGUCGCUUAGCGAUGGCGGGUACUCUGAUGAUGGCUCUGAAUCGGAGAUGAGAGAAGAGGGUCAUCAAGUCACGCUGGAGCCGACUGCGAACUCCAAAUCCCAGCAAAGGAAGAGGGCCCCAAGACGAAAGAAUGCCAGGGAGUACGUCAGGGAGGUGGUGAACAAGAAUAUUCUGAGAAGCCUUGAGAAACAGAUACGAAAGGAACUCGCCAAGAAGAGGCCGAUCAGUCACGAAGCUUUAGACAUCGUGCCUCCCAAGGCCAAGAGGCAAAGACGGGCACGAGAGAUCAACGCAAACACAGAUCAGUCAACUGACCACAACCCCGCCCCUAAAACAUCUCCAGACAAUUCUGAGAGUGCUUUCAUUCCAAUCCCUCUAGGCGAAAUGAAGAAAGUCACAAAUGCACAGAGGCAGAAGGAGAUCGUCCAGAAGAAGAAUACCGGCAGUAACAAUAGACGAAGCGGGACUCAGGCGGCAGACCUCACGGAGGGCAUCAAGGUCUUCGGACAUGGCAAGAUCGAGUCCCUCGUAGUUGGCGAAGAAAGACGAUACCGCCUUAAAGGCAUGGCCAAGACCACAAACCUUAAUGAGUACCAAGUCGGCCCUGUUGCUUGGAUGGUGAAGAGAGAAAAUGGUCUCGCGCCACCUUAUGGCGGUGUCCUGGCCGACGACAUGGGAAUGGGGAAGACCGUGGUGUGCCUGGCCGGAAUCGUGGGUAAUCCUCCCCCUGAAAUCCCCUCGGACGGCUUCUCUGGAGCGACGCUUGUCAUUCUGCCUGGAGAGACCACUGCCAGACAAUGGCAGCAAGAACUAUCCAAACAUGUGGAAUGCAUUAGUCCUAAAGAGGCUUACUAUUACAAACGCCGCAUUCACGCAACCUCUGGUGGCGAUAUUUCGCGUUACAAGAUCGUUUUCACGACUUACAGGGAGGUGUUGCAAAGCCUUCCUACUGCAGCGACCAUGAAUCAGCUCCAGGAAGACCUCGAAGCUGAUAAAGAUUUCGAUUACCACACGGCUUUCAGAGCUGUAGCUGGCGAAAUUUUCUCAGUGAUGUGGUACAGAGUCGUACUUGACGAAGCCCAUGAAAUCAAAAACACAGCCACCAAAACCUUCCAAGCUUGCAAUCAUCUAGUGAGGAAGUACAUAUGGCUUCUCAGCGCUACACCUUUGAUCAACAAAGGAGGAGACGAGAUGUUUGCCUAUGUCAAGACGCUCGGAGUUGAGGGUAUGGACACUCGUGAAGAUUUUCGAGAGAAAUAUCUGGGAGAGGACAACUCAACUGCACUUGACGCCCUUAUCAAUGUUUGCACGUACAGACGGACCAAACAAGACGAAUUUCUCGGCGAAAAGAUUCUCAAGAACUUGAUGCCCUUCAAAUCUGAAGUCAAAUGGGUCAAGUUAUCUGAGCAAGAGAGGCUGGCCUACGAUCUUAUGACGGAGGCGUACGGCAAGGCCAAGGCUGAGGCCGAGACCAAGGCCAAGGCUGAGGCGAAGACCAAGGCCAAGGCUGAGGCGAAGACCAAGGCCAAGGCUGAGGCCGAGACCAAGGCCAUGAGCGCACUGAACAUUCGUCAGAUGCAGAUUAUUUCCCACCCCUAUGGCAUCGAAAAGGCCUUCAGAAAUGACCUAGACCCUGAGCUACUGAGAUUCAUCUUCGAUGGUCUCAGUGCGCGACCCACCAAUGACCCCCCGACAAAAGGUGGCUUACCCAUGGGAGAAAACCUCUCCUUACCACAGCUUCUGCGCUAUGCAAACAAUGAGGCCUUGAUGAGCGCAUGCAAAUGUGGCAUCUGUGGAACAGACAGCAUUGAAGAGCCACAAAUCAUUAACACAUGCAGUCACGUUUUCUGCCGUAAUUGCCUUCUGAGCACUUGGCAAUUCAAAGCGCAAGAGGGCACUUGUCAAGAGAAGGGUUGCAAAGUCGUCUACGAGAAGGAGACCGAUGUCACGAGAGUCUUCACGCUCGGUAGCAUGGAAGCGGAGUGUGACAGACUGGUCGAGACCGAGGCCGCGACUCAUGCUUCACUGUCAAGUCAGACCCCGGGUUCUGGAAGAGGAUCGAAGAAGAAGAUGGCAGCCAAGUCUUCGCGGGCCGCGAAGGACAAGCAAGUAAAGGCAUUCAGCAACAAAAAGUACGGGGCUGAUUACCACGGCGUGCUCCCGGCACUUGAUGUUGAUGACUAUGCCUUCAUCAAACAAGGCAUGCGAGAGAACGGCGGCAUUGUGCCCCUGGGCGCGAAGCUCGAGGCAACCAAGAAGCUGAUCAUGCAGUACCAGGACGAGAGAAUCCAGGUCUGGGAUGAGACCGACAAGACGCGGAAGAGACACGAGACUCAGAGUCCCAAAACUAUAGUCUUCCACGAGUUCACCAAGACGGCCGUGGUUUUGGGUAUAACACUGAACGCUCUUGGUAUCCCGUUCGUGUAUCUCAACGGAAAAGUGACUCCGACGCAGAAGAACAAAGCCAUUGAUGCCUUUCGUGACAACAAAGACAUCAAAGUCUUGAUUUCAUCCGUCAAGACCGGCGGUCAAGGACUCAAUCUUACUUGUGCGAGCAAAAUCAUCCGCGUAGACGCCUGGUGGAAUGCGUCAGUCGAACAGCAAGCCGACGGCCGGGUCCACCGCAUCGGCCAAACGCAAGUCGCCUCGUCGGUCGUCAUCAAGGCCGAGAACACCAUUGAUAACCGCAUUAUUGAUAUGCAGGAAGAGAAGUCGGAGGAAAUCGCUCGCAUCCUCCAGGAUGACGCCCACAGCACCGAACUCUGUAGCGAAUUGGAGCUGAUCAAGUCGACAGCACCGGAGAGAUACAAUGAGCUGGUCCAGAUGGGUCUUGCGGCCAUCAGACGGGAAGACAACGAAGCAGAGAUGCUCUGAUUCGAGAUUGCGUCUGGGGCACUAGUAAUGAAGGGGGUCACUACAAGGGCAGGUUACAUGAUUACUUGACCGGCAUUUGCUGAUGGAAGCAAAUGGUGCUUUCAUCUUCGCUCCAUGAGCAAGCGGGCUCAUACAUCAUUGGCAUUACGAAGUUUCUGAUUUUCAUUACCUUACACUAAUUCU